GCUAAUACGAUGGCCCGUUCUUGCAUUAGCUGCACUCGCAGCAGUUGUGGGAAGCCAAGCCAUCAUCACCGGGACAUCCUCCAUUAUCAAACAGUGUUCUGCUUUGGGUUGCUUCCGAUGGGUCAAAAUAGUACACACCUCGCCCAGUAUUCAUGGCCAAAUCUACAUUCCGGAGAUCAACUGGACUUCGAUGGUGUUAUGUUUGGCUGUUACUAUUGGUUUCAGAAACAUGAAACACAUAAGCAAUGCAGCAGGAAAAACAAUCUCACAAUGUCUAGAACAAUCCAAUGGGCAAUCAUUCGGAUCAAAUCCUAUUAAUAUGGCAACAAUAUGGCUUAAAAUUGAAAGGCAACCAGUCACAAAACCAUGUGAAGAUGACCAGUUACGCAUUUGGUCUAACAGCAAGUUCAACUUAUAUAUAUUCAAGUUACACCCUCUCUAACACAACAACUUAAGCUUUUGAAUUUGCAUGUGGCACUUAACAUAUCACAUCAGGUAAAAGAUCUUGUGUACAACCCUCUCCACCUCGUCAUUCAUUAUGCUACUUGCACUUGUUUGGCUUGUCUAUGAUGGUGACCCCACCACAUGCUAUUACCUUUUCUAGGUAUUAAUUGUCAAAAUCUUGCCCAAUUGUAUCCUAGGACAAGUAGACGCCAUAAGGGAAUUGUACCCUUCUCCUAUGAUUCUGUUAUUCCGUAUAAGGAAAAAACUAUUUGUUAAAAUUGGUGAGACGAAUCCUAGGAGUUUUAUAAGUUGAGAUCAUUGUCAUUUUCCAUCAAACAUUUGUUAAUAGCUCCAACUUUUGCAUUAUGCUAAAAAAGGUACUGUUGCAACAACAUAUUGAAAACUAUACUUGAGUUCAGCAUACUGCAAAGUUAGAAACUCGUAGAGUGAUACCACUGACUACUUACAACUUGCAAGACGUAAAUGGAUAAAAAUUCCUUUUUGUUUCCUUGGAGAUCCAACUUAAACCAAAGCCCCCAAACCAGGAUUUUUCUCCGAACAACACUUAAUCUUUCCGAGGCACAGAAGCAAACUAGGAUUAUGUUUACUACU